CUCUUUAGCUAGCACCAGCGUAGUGCUCAAUGGAAACCAAACCCUCCAACGGCUCGCCGGCGAAGUUCGUCGAUCAAUUAGUGGUUCCGGGUGAUGUGAUUCUUGAUCUCUCUACCAUGGCUGAACAGACUAUAAAGCUCGGCGGCGGCCUCCGCCAGGAUUGUGAUGCAAUAUCAGUUAUCAAAGCUGGGAUACUGAGGUUCUCAAAACCAAAUAAGUAUUGGGUUGAAAGCUCUCAGAAAAGGUAUGUGCCUUGCGCUGAGGACUCUGUACUUGGAAUAGUGGUGGACUGUAAACCAGAUAACUUUCUUGUGGACAUAAAAGGACCUUCUGUGGCAUUUUUGCCCGUGCUUGCAUUUGAAGGAGGGACUCGGAGGAACAUACCCAGGUUUGAGGCAGGUACUUUGAUUUAUGUUCGAGUAGUGAAGGCAAAUCCUGGAAUGAAUCCAGAGCUGUCAUGUGUUGAUGCCACAGGGAAGGCAGCACAAUAUGGAGCUCUCAAAGAAGGCUUAAUGUUUGAGUGUUCGACUGGUCUCUCCAGAAUGUUAUUAAGUUCCCCAACAUGCCCAGUCCUGGAAACUCUUGGAAAGAAGCUCCCCUUUGAGAUAGCAGUUGGGUUAAAUGGCAGAGUUUGGGUCAAUGCCGGUUCUCCAUCGAUCGUCAUUGUUGUUGGGAAUGCUAUCAUGAAGUCAGAGUCUUUGACUAAGGUGCAACAGAAAAUUAUGGCAGAGAAGUUGCUACAGAGGGUUCAGCAGGAAUGAUUCGAGACCUCAAACAUAGCAUCACCGUUUUGAUCCUCUACUUCAGGAGAUGGACGUGUUCAUGGAGAAGCCUUCUUCAGGUUAGCAAGACUCCAUAGCCAGUAGUUACAGAGCAAAUUGAAAGCGUAAUUGUAGUUUGGAGUAUACUCAAAAGCUUUGAUUGUCCAUGUAUGCACGACCUUGUCGUUAUAGCGUCCCAUGGCAAUGUUUUUGUGUU